AUGUGGGUUAUUACGCGCGUUAGCGGAAUCCCGUCGCCUAUUUCUAUUUCGACGCAUUUGGGGCGGUGCGCGGAGGCAGCGGCGUUUGGGACGCUUCCUGCGCGCGUGCUGAGAAAGCUCUUCCCCGUGGAUGAGGCGCACGUGUGCGUUCGCCCGCGCCUGCUUCCACCUGCGCACCACUCGCCCCGCAAGACACAGGGCACCAGCGCGCAGAGCCCGCGGCGCCUUCGACGGGAUGUGUCGUGUUUAGGGUACCGAGUAACCGAAACCCGCGCCAGCAGCUACCAUGGGACCGCAGUUCGACUAUUGUCUUCGAGCCACAAUAUUUAUAUCUUGUCAUUUGUUGCAGACAACCCUUCGUAUUUCGCGUUUCCGGACGAUGAUAUCGCAGACAGCGCCGGUGCGAGCACUUCCAGCGCUAGCCCUGAGCAAUGCUCGCGCUCAGCCCCGACACGCGUCUGGUCAGACAGCAUAAGACCCUUAAGCUCGCGACGCAGGGAGCCCGAGAGUCCCAGGCGUAAGGAGUUCAGGGCACUGCUGAGGUCGCUGUCGGCCAAAGAACCCGAGCAGGCAGAGGCGUUCUUGAAGGGUCAGCCCAGACCUGGGGACUGCGCGCCCAGUGAUAUGAAACACACCUUUACUUCGCCUAGACUGAAGAAAGGGAAAAUAAGUACAACAGUGGUGACAUCUGAAGGUGUUAAGGAGCGUGAAGAGGUGUUCUACACUAUUCCGCUGCAAGGGCGGAGGCGUCACUCGGUGGGGGGAUACCUGGCCACUGGUGGCGUCCGUGAAGGUGGGGGCGAAGUCACAGCUGUGCCCAGUGAGGUUCCCAAGAUGCCACCACCUCGCUUCAACCAGCUCGACGAAGACGUCGUUAAGAGAAGGCGGCCAAAGAAUUUCGCUUUCAAAGAGAUGGAAGAUAUUGCGAUAUUAUGGAGUUCGGGUUCACCGGAAAGCGGUCUUUGGUCAGACUAUUUGGUCGCGAGCUUCGACAAAAUCAUGUCACAGAGGGCCAGACAUCACUAUAGGGUGACACCGAUAACGGCCGAAGAGCUUUUGUCUUCUGAAUCGCAAGAAAAGCUAGAAAAGCUCUCAAAAGCUCAGCUCCAGAUUGUGAUCCUUUGCCCUAACCUGGACUCAAAGCUUUCGGAAUUGAAGCGCGAAUUGAACACAGAAAGUUUAUUUAAAGUUGAAAAAGUUCUAGUAAUGUUGUUGGGUGUCGAAAAAAAUCACGUAGUGUCGAAUAACUGUGAAGAUUUUCCAACGAUCGACCAGUGGCAAAUGAUGUCAGUGCGAGAAAAGGAUACUUCGUUUGUGGACACUUUUUUGACUGCUGCUGUCGGCAUUUUGAGGACCAAAGAUUGCAAGGACACGGCAGCCGAUCGAACUAGCUUCUCGAUAGUGCCAAAGAAAGUUAAAAUCGGACAGAGCCGCGUCAUCGCUUUGCUCAACGAUCCCAUUAGGGAAGAAGACAGCAUAAAAAUAAUGGUGGAUAAGAAAGGCGAGGUUAUCCACAUACCGAUGUUCAAGAAGAGAAAUCCAUACACACUCCAAUUCGACAUACCAGAGUCUUGUCUCGAAGUGUCGAUGCUGGUUUGGGUGCGCGUGAGCAAAAAUGGUCAAUCGCUGGGCAGGAGGCAGAUCAAAUGCGAGAGCCGUUUGAGGGAGCUGGAUCAACUGUUGCGUGCCUCUGACCAUCCACUUGAGUUCAUGUGUCAGACACUUGGUUUUAAAACCACAAACAAGGAGCAGUUGGACAGUUGGAUGCUCAAUGCAUUCCAGAAGAACAUCCCACCGCAUUUCAAUCUCCUCUCCUCUUCUGAGCAAUUCAACCCUAAAGCUGACGUGUGCAGCAACGAGGAGUACCCGACCCUGCUGCACUGGGCGGCGCGGUUCGGUCUGGAGCGCGUGUGCUGGCAGCUGCUCGAGUGCCCGGGCGGCGGGGCGGCGGCCGCGCUGCGCAACGCCCGCAGGCGCACGCCCGCCGACCUCGCCCGGGACCACCGCCACCUGCGGCUGGCGGACAUGCUCGCCGAUCACAUGAAAAUCAACGAAUUCUCCAAUAUGUACUACUACUUGAAGAACAUGUCGGACAACGACAAAGACGACUGCCAAGAUGAUGUCAAACAGCAGGACGAGUUGCGUAUUUUAGAGAGUUGCGAUACAGUCGAUUCCCCCAGCCGCGAGGACGUCAAGCCGCUCGAGGGGGAAAGCUCCACCGACCCCUUCAGCGAAGCCUGCACCCAAAACUUGGAGGACACGGCCGCUGAAGCAGAGAAAUCGGAGCACGGCAAGAAACAGCGGCCAAAUCUAAAACUGCCAAAGUUCAAAGAGCAAUUCUAUCAGAACGACUUCUCGGCGCACGACGACACCGCCGGCAGGAUCCAGCAAGCGAUCGAACACGACUACCUCGUGCAACCGUCUAACAUAAAAGUAGAAGAGAGCCCCAAGUUCCGGCCGAACAAUUUAUACGCGAACAGCUCGCGUCUACUGCCGCAGCAGUCCGAAAUAUUCCUCUAUUCACCCACCGAAGAGACCAACAAGUCGUUCAACAUUGAAACGCCAACUAGUGACAUAAGCCAGAUAAAUUUGAACGGCAACGCGCGUAACAGCGGCAGCCUGAAGGCCGCGAAGGAGUCUUGUCCCCUAACCGGCCAGGAAGAGCUGGCGGAGAUCAUCAACGACUUCAAAAAUAACGUGUUCACCAUCUCCGAAGUGGAGAAACUCGUGAUGGAGUGGCGGAAUAGGAAUGAAACGCAACAGUCGCUGAAGGAGAAGCAGGAGCAGCUGAACAAAAUGCGCGAGGAGUAUGACAAGAUUCAGCAGAAGAUCAAAGAGAAAAUGAAGAGGCCGACGCCAUUCGACAGAGUCAAAAAGAUGUUCUCAAAGAGUAAGGGCAAAAAUCAUGAUAGCAACACGGGCACUAUUGAAAAGAGGAAUGGCAGCACUCGCCCAAAUAGUAGUUUGAGUGACAGUUCCUCUUCGUCCGGUCGACUCAGUACAGUUAGCGGUGGCAGCGUGGCGGAAACCAACAGCGUACAGUCCGAACUUGAUGAUAAAGCCAGAUCUAUUGUAUCCAGCACAAGCACGCUGACGAUGCACACGGCGUGUGAAGAUGGCCGUUUGGACGACUAUCUGGUGCCGCCUCCGCCGCGCCCUCUGGUCAACGCGCCCCAGUUCACCACCUUCGGCCAUCCAAAACACGACAACAGGGGCCAACACAUGGCCACGAUAGUGGAGCGCGAGGCGUCCGCAUCCAGGGAGCGUUUGGACUGCGACACGGAGGCGCGCAACGGGACCCAUUUGAGAAUGAACUUCGCCCCGCGCGACAAGGCGGGCAGGUGCGACGAGCGCGACCCCGCCCAUAUGUACAUGAACAUCUCAGCGACGCACACA